GCAACGGACGUUUGAACAGCAACAUACCGAAGGGCAUCACUCAUCAGGCAACGACGUAGUGGCCAUACCGAGCGAUGACAAGUACAAUGUGAUGAUGGUCUUCCCCCAGAAUGACCCGAGCCUAUAACGAAUAGACGCUUGCUACAAUCCGAGCCUCGACAUACCAAUGCCACCAGAGAGGACGCCGGGUCGCUCAAGGGCACCUCGAAACCCACCAUCAUGUCGAUCGUGUCGUCUCAAGAAACUCAAGUGCGACCGGGAACGACCGUGUGCCAACUGUCGAACUCGACACCUUGAUUGCGAGUAUUCGAACAAGCUACCUACCGUAUCCCCGACGGAGAAUGGCCACGGUAACGGCAACAGCCUCCAGUCGGAGAAUGACGCUCUGAGGUCUCGGCUCGCAAGGUUGGAAAAGGCUGUGUUUGGUCAUGACUUGUCCUCACACGCCCCCAGCCCGUCGGUGGCGAGUCUAUCGCCCGCAACUUCGAUUGUUCAGCAGGAAGAUACCCGUGCAAAGGUCGACAGUGAGUGGCUUGAGCAUAAGUUCAGCAAUCGGAGUGGGACAGUGGUCCCGCCCUUCUCGAGCUUGCUUCAGGUCACCGUCCAGAACACCAAUCAAAUAGUGACCGAGGCUUCUCUGGUCCAUGAAACUGCUAUCGACAUUCCCAAGCGGGAAGAAUCAAUGGCUUACUUGGACGGCUUUGAGUCCUACGCCCAUUGCAGCGUACCGAUCGUCCACGUCCCCACUGCGCGAGCAAUCUUUACGGAUGUCUACGACAAGCUGUCCAUUGGCUGCGUUCCCGACCCAGGCUCCGUGGCUCUUAUCCUAGCGGUCUGCGUUUAUGCCGAACUCUGGCAGCCUGCCAAAGACCUCUCGUGCAGCAGCUUGACCUCUGACUUCCAAGUCUCCACAGCACUCGCCAAACAAGCAUUGACUCUUCUCGAGCAAGCUCACAUCUCCAGUAACAUCUCUCUCGAGCUGCUCCAGGGCGCUGUCAUCCUGAACUUCUGCUUGAUCAACUUGGAUGGUAUGUCGAUCCACAACCGCCUGCUUCAAGCUAGCUGUGUCACCAUGGCGAGGGAGCUGGGGUUGCAUAGGAUUGAUGGGCCGGGCUCGAAAUUUCCACGUCAGACGCGAGAUGAUAUUAUUAGAGUUGAGAUGGGGAGAAGGGUUUGGUGGCAUAUUGCCUCGUCUGAAUGGCUGUUCGCACAAAUGAGCGGCCCGGCCGAGGCAGUCUAUUCGAUUCAUCCGAAACACAUGGUCGUCAAUCUCCCUCGCAUGAUAGACGACCAUGACCUCAGUACGCAAGGACCCUUGUGUGAACGAUCACGAGACGGACCAUUCUCCAUGCUAUUCUUCCAUGAGCGAUGCAAGCUUGCCAUGCUCUGUCGCGAGGCCGUGGACACUUUGGCCGACUCCAUAGGCGCGCUCGGGGCUGCAAACCUGCCCUACGAGAAGCUCAUCGCCCUGGACAUCAAGUUCAAGGAGGCACUAGAUACCCUUCCCGCACCUUUGAGGCUCAAGACUACAAGCCAGACGAGCGAUGCAACGACAGAAGCAGACCGCCCUCAUGCUCCGCCGUCGCUGCGAAUGCUGGUAAACGUCUUCUAUCACUCGCGUCGGUGCAAGCUACAUCUCCCUUAUCUCGUUCGCUUCAAGUCCGACCCCCGCUUCAACUACUCCCGCCAAGUCUGCCUCGACUCCGCCCGCGCGGUCGUGCGAGCAAGAGACGUCUUUCGCUCCGAAGUGUCCAUCGAAAGCUACAUGGCAGUCUUCCGGCUCGGCGGCACCCUGAGUCACAUCUUCUACGCCGCCAUCGUUCUCGUGAUGGACUUGUGCGUCAACAGCCAUGGCGAUCAGACUGCUCUUUACGAGGCACACAGCGUGAUUCAGAGCUUGGAGGAGGCCAAGACGUCGUCGCAGGUUGCGGCGGGCUUUUUGCAGUCGUUGAUGGAGAUUCUUCGCAAACACCAGGUCAAUCUCCCUCCGACGGAGGCCAGCAAUGGCAAGGCCAACGGGACCAAGAUGCUUUCCGCCAUAGAGCACACCAGCACCCAGGCAGACACGAGGCCCGCCUUGCAGGGGGCGGCGUUUGAGCAAGUGGUGGGUGACGGCGCUGGCUUCGACGACAUCUGGAACGAAUACUUGUACAAUGGGGCCGCCCUGGACCCCCAAAGCUGGGACGCGAUUAUGAACGACCUCGAGAUGCAUAUUUCAUAAGAUUGUGCAUGGGUUACUGCAAUGCUACUGUCCAGACGACAAAUGACGCGGAUGACUCCCACAGCUCAGCGUGGCCAUUGGUGCUGACAUCCAAGCUACACCAUGGGCACUUUUCCCCGACAAGGAAUGAAUCAUUGACUUUCGGCGCGCGCAUUGUUACGCGGCGUCCAAUGUCAUGCACAUCCACAAUUUGCAGAAU